UUAGAAUUUUCACGAGUUUUCAAAGUGAAAAUUUUGAAAAAUAUACCGCUAAAAAUUAUUGUGUAAAAAAAGCACUACCUUUAAAAAAACUGCAUACAAAAUACCAGAUUAAAUUGUUAAACAAAUUCCAAGUCCCCAAUCUAUCAAAAACAGUUUCCUUGCCAGGUAAAAAAGAGUUUAAAUAAAGGGGCUUAAGUGGGCUAAGUUCGUUUUUUCAUCGGUAUGGCACGCUGAAAAGGCGCCAUUCUUAAGAAGCGUCCCUCCAUUUUUUUUAAACUAUUAAAUAAUUACUGCUCGACGUCAUAAUGCAGCGCCACAGGGAAUUAUAUAAACAGCAAUCACUUGCUUUCAGCCCACGCAAUUUCAAUGAGCAGAACCGGGAACUCCAGAAUGCGGCGCGUGCAAAACAGCGCGAGGAUCGUUUUCAAAGCAACCGCAUUAUUAGUGUUAGUCCAACUCCCGUCAAGCGUGCGGCACCUAUACCGCCCUCAGAGGAGGCGCAGCCACGCCUUACCUAUGUCGCUCCUCCUAAUGAGAAUCGAAAACCAGAGCUGCCUCAGCAGCAGAGGAACCCCACCCGGGACCUUUACAUAAAGCGCUUCGUGGAUUGGAAGGCUGCCAGGAAGGAACAAACAAAGAAUGAGCAAAUUUCUAGUCGUGGUCAACAGAUGUUCACAUAUAAAACCGAAACACUUAAACCUGCGACAAACCCCCAGAAAGAGCAGGAGAACGCUCCGGCAUUUGUGCCGCCAAAAAGCCUUUGGCAACCCAAUUGCGUACUCAUGGUCAUCCAUCCAGAUUGCGCGCUCAGCCUGCGGCAACCAUGGCAAAGCUGCAACAUGCAACGUCGCGUCCUCAACCGGUCACUGUGAAGACCCAAACAUCAAACAUGAAACAUCAAACAUCAGCAAGGAAUGUCCAGCCAGCCACAGUGAAGCCUGCACCUUCACGUGCAUUGCCCUUGAAGCCUAAAGCAGGCCCAAAGCCCAAGGCAGCAGAUUUGGUCGUUGGACCUUCUGCAAAUGGGGUUGUUCAUUUGCCAAAUGUGAGGACGCAACCAUUCGAAAAGCCGGCCGUGAGUAAGCCCACCUUAAAAAUACCAGCAGUGAAACCAAAGCCCAUUCAA